AUGGGAAAAUCCUCCAAAGACAAGCGCGAUGCCUACUACCGCCUGGCUAAGGAGCAGAACUGGCGAGCCCGCUCCGCCUUCAAGCUGAUCCAGAUCGACGAGCAAUUCGACCUGUUCGCGCACUCAAAUCCAGACAGCGUUACGCGCGUGGUGGACCUAUGCGCUGCUCCGGGGAGUUGGAGUCAGGUUCUCAGCCGUGUGUUGAUUAAGGGGGAGAGUUUUGGCCGGCGGGCGUGGGAGGAGAAGCGGCAGCGGGAGCAAAAGCAGGCGCAGAGAUUGGAGGGCGUGAAGAAAGGCGUAGAAACAAAGGAGCAACAGGGAGAAGAAGAGAAAGAGAUACUCAAACCCCGAAAGAACGUGAAAAUCGUCGCCAUCGACCUCCAACCCAUGACCCCGCUGGACGGAAUCACCUGUCUCAAAGCAGAUAUAACACACCCGUCCACCAUCCCCUUACUCCUCGAGGCCCUCGAUCCAGAUGACUACACCCACAAUGAUACCCCCACCACCACCAGUACCUCACAUCGCCUACACCCCGUCGACCUCGUGCUCUCUGACGGCGCGCCCGACGUAACCGGCCUGCACGAUCUAGACAUCUACAUCCAAUCGCAACUCCUCUACGCCGCCCUCAACCUCGCCAUCGGCGUCCUGCGCCCCGGCGGCAAAUUCGUCGCCAAGAUUUUCCGCGGCCGCGACGUGGACCUGAUCUAUGCGCAGCUGAAGACCGUGUUCGAAACCGUGUCCGUCGCGAAGCCGCGCAGCAGCCGCGCGAGCAGUCUGGAGGCCUUCGUCGUCUGCGAGGGUUUCAUCCCGCCUCGCACGCACAAUGAAUCUACUACAGCCGGAGGAGAACAUGGCAUGGGCCUCCUCGAAAACCCGCUGUUUGGCGGCGCGGCAACCUCGUCGUCUCCAGCAACCACAGUCAACCGCUGGAUCCCACCCUUCAUCGCCUGCGGUGACCUCUCAGCCUGGGAUGCAGAUGCUUCGUACGAGCUGCCGCCGGGUUAUGUCAGUCUCGACCCCGUACAGCCGCCGACGGCACCACCGUAUAAGCGCGCGCUGGAGUUGAGGAGGCAGAAAGGGGGUGCAUAUGGGAAGACGAAAGGGGUGGAGUUUAGUUAA